GUAAGACCAGGUGUUACACACAACUGCGGGGAGGGAGAUGUAUUAUAACUUUCGGCUAUACGAUGUAGGGCUGGUUCGAGUAUAAAGUGCUCAACUCUGAACCUGCUGGUCUUGAUUAUGGGCAAAAGACCUCUCCAUUCCUAGUUGUUCUUUUGUAUUUUUACUCAAGAUGGCCGAAAAGGUAGUCCAAGCUGACCAAGCUCCUGUAGCAGGAGAGCCUUGCUCUACUGAGAAGAAUUUAAUCAACUACGGCGCUCCGAAUGUCCCUUUUUAUACGCCCGUUCAGGAUCCUCCUGCAGGAACCCCUUGGGAUUUGCAGCCGGAAGGCUCCCUCUUCUCACCCCUGAAGAUCAAUGGAAUUGAGCUUCAAAACCGCAUUAUCGUCUCUCCAAUGUGCCAAUACUCCGCAAGAGACGGGUUUAUGACCAUGUGGCAUCACGUCCACCUCGGGAGUUUUGCUUCUCGAGGAGCAGGCCUAGUCCUGACAGAAGCAACUGCUGUCUCGCCUGAAGGACGCAUCUCACCCCAAGAUGUCGGCCUGUGGGACGACGGACAUAUUGCACCAUUAAAGCAAAUCGUCGACUUCGCCCACAGCCAGGGCGUGAAGUUCGGCGUGCAGCUAGCCCAUGCUGGGCGGAAAGCAAGCACUGUCGCGCCAUGGAUCGACCGAAAAGCCGCGGCGCGUGACUAUUCGGAAGGAUGGCCAAGCAAUGUCGUUGCUCCAUCCCCAGAGGCCUACAACGCGCAGACGAUCGUGCCGAAGGAAGCAAGUAAAGAAGACAUCGAGAAGUUCAAGAGGGAUUGGGUCGCUGCCGUCCGGCGUGCUUUGAAGGCCGGUGUAGAUGUCAUCGAAGUCCACGGGGCACACGGCUACCUCCUAAACGAAUUCCUCUCCCCAUCCUCCAACAAGCGCACCGACGAGUACGGCGGCUCCUUCGCCAACCGCAUCCGCCUCUUCCUCGAGGUCGUCGACCUGCUCAAAGCCGAGGUCCCCAGCACCUUCCCCAUCUUCUGCCGCAUCCCCGCGACCGACUACCUCGAGCACGACCCCAGCCUCCCGCAGUGGACCCUCGCCGACGCCGCCAACCUCGCCAACGCGCUUGCCCGCCGCGGCGUGCACUUCCUCGACGUCUCGGCCGGCGGCACCGACGCGCGCCAGAAAAUCGUCGCCAGCCCCGGCUACCAGGUGCCCCACGCAGAGGCCAUCAAGAAGGCGGUUGCCGGCACCGGCACGCUCGUGGGCACCGUGGGCGAGAUCACGUCGGGCAAACAGGCCCAGGCCAUCCUGGACGCCAAGUCCGCGGAUGCUGUUAUUGUCGGGCGCGCGUUCCUCAAGGAUCCGGAUCUGGUGUGGCACUGGGCCGACGAGCUGGAUCUGGACAUCCACGUGGCUAGUCAAUAUGGUUGGGGCUUUGGCAUGACGAGACAUCAUAGACAUAGGCGGCACUGAUUCCCAAGGGAAACUUCCACCCGUCCGAGGUAGGUUGCAUGAGACUUAGAAUGUACCGUUCGUUGAAAAGGGGCAUAUAGGGGUUCAAUGGUUUAGGGUAACAAAAUCGGCCAUAUGAGACUAGACAUUAAGUAUAUAUCUUAUCUAAAGACUUUUCUGUCUCUUUAA